AACUGGAAUCGUCUACACUGCUUCCGUUCACGGUGAUUGGUGGAAGGGCAGAUGUUUUUCUAAAUAUUUAGAAGUGAGUGUCAUUCUUCUUUGACGUUUGAAUUAGGGGUUUCAGCCCAUAAAUAGCCAGUUUAUUAUAUUUGUUUCACUUAAUGUAGAUGCCCUGUUCAGUUAUGUUGCAGUACGAGUUGUCUGAUCGUAGUGUCGUCCAAGAUGAACUAAUAACGUAGGCCUGUGUGCUGACCGCUGUCUAGCUUGGUUUUGCAGGAUACCCCUAUGCUACGAACUUUAUUUAUGAUUUGGUUUGAAGAAGAAAAGUAAUAAAAGUGAAGUGCUUGUUAUAAUGUGGCAAUAAAUCCACACCUUAACCCAGUGUGUGCUUGGCGUAAGCAUGGCUGGCACAAAGAAUACCGCUCAUGUGGUACAGUUGAAGCCUGUGGAGGUACCCAAGUGUAUGCAGGAUGGGGAGAAGUUCAUCAAAUGGGAUGAGGAUACAGGAUCUGGGACACCUGUUACUCUGCGAGUUGACAAAAAUGGUUUUUAUCUCUAUUGGGUUGAUCAAAACAAGGUAUGUAAUUUUUUCACUGGGAACCUUCAAAACCUUUUUUUUUUUUGCAGGUGUGGUGGAACUUCCAAACGGAGGUUAAUGACAGCAGCUCAGUUCGUAGAAUUUCUGAACAAAACACAGCGAGAUCCCCGACUGAAUGAAAUUUUGUAUCCAUAUGCCAAUACAUCAAGGGCCAAAGAUCUUGUUCAGCAGUAUGAACCUAACAAGUACAAUGCGCAGCGAGGUCAGUUCAGUUUUGAUGGCUUUCUGAGGUAUCUUAUGAGUGAAGACAAUCCCAUUGUUUCACCUUCAGAACUUGACCUCUCAGAUGAUAUGGACCAGCCAUUACCACACUAUUUCAUAAAUUCUUCGCACAACACAUAUCUGACUGGCCACCAACUCACAGGUAAAUCAUCAGUAGAAAUGUACAGGCAGUGUCUUCUUGCGGGCUGUCGCUGUGUAGAAUUGGACUUCUGGAAUGGGCGGACUGAAGAACCAGUCAUUGUUCACGGUUAUACAUUGGUACCUGAUAUUUCUGCUAAGGAAGUGAUCGAAGCUAUUGCAGAUUCUGCGUUCAAGACUUCAGAUUACCCAGUGAUCCUUUCUUUUGAAAAUCAUUGCAACCCUCGGCAACAAGCUAAGAUAGCGCAAUAUUGUCGAGAAAUUUUUGGAGAAAAAUUGUUGGAUUCUCCAAUAGAUUCACACAAACUGGAACCAGGAACACUUCUUCCGCCACCUUCGCUCUUGAAAGGGAAAAUCAUAAUAAAAAAUAAGAAAAAACAUCACCACCACCAUCAUCAUCACACGGACACCAGUCAAAGUAAUUCACAGUCAUCACUACAGCAGGAUAUUAUUGGGUCUGCAGUGGGAGCUGCCGAAGUAGAACAUGGAAAUGGCGACAUCCCUCACCACCCUGCCCUCCAAGUUCGUCAGAGUAGCAAGGAGAGCGCUCAUGAAGAAGAUGAGAAUGAUGAUGAUGAAGAAAGCAGUAGCGCUGAAGAAGUUGAAGAGGAUGGUCCUGAUGAAGAAGAAAGCAGUAGCGCCGAAGAAGUUGAAGAGGAUGGUCCUGGUGAGAUCAAACUACGGCUUCAGGAGAAACCUUCAUCAGACAAAGUUUCAGCUGCCAAGGAAUCUGAGGCAGGGGCUGAGAUAUCGGCACUUGUAAAUUACGUACAACCUGUUCAUUUUUCAUCUUUUGAAAAUUCUGAAAAGAAAAAUCGUUGUUAUGAAAUGUCAUCUUUUGAUGAAAGGCAGGCGACAACGUUAUUAAAGGAGCGGCCUAUUGAAUUUGUCAAUUACAAUAAACACCAGCUGAGUAGAGUGUAUCCUGCUGGUACACGUUUUGACUCGAGUAACUUCAUGCCCCAAGUGUUUUGGAAUGCUGGUUGUCAGUUGGUUGCACUGAACUAUCAGACUCUGGACCUUGCAAUGCAGCUAAACUUAGGUAUGUUUGAGUACAAUCAUCAGUGUGGGUAUCUGCUGAAACCAGAAUUUAUGCGUCGGCGGGACCGACGUUUGGAUCCAUUUGCUGAGUCUACUGUUGAUGGUAUUAUCGCAGGGACAGUGCAAGUGACUGUUAUUUCUGGUCAGUUUCUCACUGACAAACGUGUAGGAACUUACGUUGAGGUGGAUAUGUACGGUUUACCGGCAGAUACUGUCCGUAAGAAGUUUCGCACGCGCAUUGUACCUGCUAAUGGCAUCAACCCUACAUAUGAUGAAGAGCCAUUUGUGUUCAAGAAGGUUGUGUUACCAGAACUUGCUAGUAUCAGGUUGACAGCAUAUGAAGAUUCGGGUCGCUUCAUUGGUCAUCGAGUUCUGCCAGUAGUCGGCCUCUGCCCAGGUUAUCGGCAUGUAAUGCUUAGGACAGAGUCUGGACAACCUCUUCCAUUAGCUACGCUGUUCCUCUUAAUUGUUGUGAAGGACUAUGUUCCCGAUGGGCUGUCGGAUUUUGCAGAAGCCCUUGCCAAUCCUAUCAAGUAUCAGUCGGAGCUUGAGAAAAGGGCUCAACAGUUGGCAGUACUGACAGAUGACCUUGAUGUUAUUGAGGAACCUCCUGGCAAACUUCCAGCAUCAGAAAUGGUGCGUCCCAUUCCAUCUCCAAGACCUUCCAUAGUAGGGGGUUUGGAGAGCCCAAUUGUUGAGAAUAUUUCAGAGCCAGAGACAGGCUCUGUUGUCGUACCUUCGGAACCUGCGACACAGAAUGAGCAACCAACAAGCCCACAGGGUCCACCGGCCCCUGUUAAGGCUCCUUCCAAAUCUAAUGACGCCAUCCUUUUACCAACGUUGAGUGAGGAUCUAGUGGCAGAGCCAUUGGAAAAAUUUAUGGAAAACAAAGUAGUGAAGGAAAAGUUACAAGAAAUGGAUAAGAAGUUGGAAACCUUGAAGAAGAAGCACGAAAAAGAGAAGGGUAGGGUUCAGACACAUGGCAAGACUUCAUCACAUCACGACAAUGAUAGAAAGAAGAAGUUCUAUGGUUCUAUGCUUGUGAAGAGGUUGUCCAGCAAGAAUAUAGAUCUUGGCAGGCAGGAAUGUGAAAGCGACGCGUCAAAAGCCGCAGGACUGCCUCGUAGUCAGUCGGAACGUUUGCUCUCCCUUUGCAAGGAUUACAUCAACCACGAGAAAGAACUCAGGGAGAAAUAUCAUGCGUUGAUAUUCCAGACGGUUGAGAAAUUGAUGAAAACAUCUCAGUGCAAUCAGUUGAAGCUGCUCAGUGCACUACUGGAGCGGGAGACAGCUGAUGUGAUGCGGAGGCUUGAAGCAGUGCGAAGGGGCGAGGUAAAAGCGCUCUCCAAAGUGCAUCGUGACAAGGAUGAAAUGAUAAGAAUUAAGCGUGAGGUGGCAUCAUCGAUGGUGGAAAAAGGUGUUCAUGAACGUGUUAGACUGACAAAAAUAUAUGAGAAGAGACGUGAAGAACUACAACGGCAGCACGAGGAGGUUCGUCUUAGUCUUGAGGAGAGAAAGCAUAAGGCUUUCGCAGACUUGAAUCGCAUGCUUGAAAACCAUGUUGCAAAAUUGGAAGAUUUGCAGCAUCAACACCAGCACACUCAUCCAGCGACAGCAACCGGGGGGGCAGCAGCGGUGAGCACGGAACAUGUCACACAGUGAGAUUGAGCAGUACAUUAUGCAGCAACCAAAGAUUUUCAUGUAUCGUCACUUCCAUAUAGUUUGGAUGAUGGCUGUGGAGCAUUUGUGUGGAUUGGAUGUUGGCAUUAGGGGCCAUAUGUAGGGCUCAUGGCUGAUAUUAAAAUAAAUGAAAUUUCUGUGGUCACAUUAGAUGGGUGACGGAAGCAGGAAACAGCCUGUCGGAUGAGGAACAAUUCCAGAAGGUGAGUCCUCAAGGUAACACCUCAUCUGAACCCGACUCUGAAUAUCAAGAAUCUGCUGUACAUGUUAGGACAAUCAAUAAAUAGGAGUACUCAUUAUGUGUAGUGUAUGUAGGGUGUAACAGAGGAGCUUUCUACUUUGGACUGUACAGAAUCAGGGUAAUGAAAAUACAAUUCUAUGUGAUAUGUCUCAACCCCCCCCCCCCAUUUUUUUAAAUGAAUUUUCUUAGGUAAUUUUUUUUUUUUUAACUUAACCUUCUACAAAUGCCUAAUCCAGUUGUGGAAUGGCUUCUAUUGUGAUAACUCAUCAGUUAAGCCGCAGCUUAUGUUGCAAGAAGCAGAGAUUAAGUUGUAAAUGAAAGAUUCCAGAUCUUUCCUUUAGCAGACCCUACCUGUUAGUGAUCUAUUGCAUUCUGUUAUAAGUAGUACUUCUUAAAUGAAACAGGAAGAGUUCUGGAACCAUCCUUCAAUUCGGGUCCUGGGAUGUCAUUCAGACCAAUAUUUACCUGCAAUGGUAUUCUAAAUUAUAUGUUUUUAAAUUGAAUUGUAAUAUUGUAGAAUCUUGAGUGUUGCAUGAAAUCAUGCAUUAGAUAUAUAUAGUAACAAAUGUAAUUGUUUUUAAAUUCAAUUUUGAAAGGUAGCUGUAACUAUUUGGAUGUUAUUAGACAUUUGUAUUAUUAAUAAUGAGGCGUUGAAGAUGCAGAAGUAAUAUUUCUUGCUGAUUUUUGUUAUGUAUGAAUAGGACAUGAUGAAGACUGAUGAUUCUUUAAACGUUUGCGACAAUCGUUGAUUCAUUACACUGUUAUUACGUUGGACAUUCUCCAUUGUCAGACAUGUGUUUGAUUCUUCAGUGGUUGGAUGUAUAUGUGUCUUCGGGUAAUCGGUUGUCAUCCUACUGACAGAUUUAUUGUUUUUUUAUUCAGUAUUGUUAUAACAGCCAGGUGUGUAAUGGUUAGAAUAUUAGUGUAGUAUUCAAAAGGUUCUGGGUUUGAUUGCCACCAGUAUUAAAAAUAAAGUAUGUAUGAAGAAAUAUGUCAGUAUGACAACUAAUCAUCUGAAUGUUGAAGUAGAGCCAAAUGCAGAAAUAUUUUAUGUAUUAAAUUUAACCAGCAUGCUGGUCAAUGUCCAGCAUAAUAAUGGUGUAAUCUUGGAGACUGUUGGUAUUAGAGUAUCACAGUUUCCAGAGAUCGGUACUGUUUGGCAUAUAUGUGAUGAAACUUGGUUUUGAACUUCCGCGUCUUCAACGUCAGUAGACUUUAUUACUGUUCGAUAUCAGUACGUUUGCUUAAGCUUCGAUGUAAAAUGUUCCUUUGUUACUUCCUGUAUAUAAGAAUAUAAUUAGUGGUUAAUAAGUUAAUGUACCAUUUUUUUAGUAUCAAUGUCAGGGAUACCAAAACAAUAUUAUGUAAUUAUGAAUUGUCAUAUCAUACCAAAGAUUUCAAAACAUUGAUACCGGUAUUGCGAUAUGGAAAUUCUUACCAUUCCCUGUUGAUUUAUUAUUGCUCAGUGAAGAAACAGCUGUUAACAAGAGAAGAGACAGUUCCCAGAUACUAGGCUGUUUAUCGCAAUAUUGUAUUGAAGUAUUGGUAUGAGUGAAUGUACAUCAUCCAACAUAUUGUUGUGAUGCUAGAGCAAGUGGAUUUUUUCAGGGCUGGAUUUUUUGAUGAUUCAAUCCUUUGUUGUAUUUUUAAUUUUUAAUGAACAAGACAAUCAAUUAUUAUAGUAGAUUAGUGGUUGUGUGCCUAUAUUUAUAUGGGCACAGUAUGAAUGCAAUUGGGGGCAAUGGAAAGAUACUUAAUGCUAGGGUUGGGAGCCAGAGAUUUCCGCAUCCUAGCCUCACCAGAACUGAAAAAACUCCUAUGUAAAAACAGUGACUAGUAAUUUGCAUUCAUGCUCAUAUGUAUCGUCUCACGCCUCCCUUACGUAUCUUAUGCACUGGUUCUGACCCUCCAACACUUCUUUGUUUAUUUCUGCUCUUUGUGAUAUUGUCUGUCCAUUCCAGGCGGCCCUGCUCCUCACAUUGCUGUUACAAGCACAGCAUGUAUUCUGCCUGUCUUUUGUUUUAGCUACCUGAGUGAUGGCCAUUGUCACCUUGCAUACAUUUGUUAUGGUUUCUGCUCUGCACAAGUAAAGACAGUGAAAAUCAUUAAGGUCUGUUUCUGCGCUGUUUUCAGUAAUAACAUGUUAUAGAUUUGUUUCAUGUUGCGGAAGUCAUUGUUUGUUAUAUUUUUGCUCUUCAGUUUACUGUCUGUGAUUAUCUAAUUGUCACAGUAUUUUAUUUUCCCCAAGCAUAUGGUUCGUGUAGCAGAUAUAUUUACAAAAUAGCGUAUAUCGAGGAAGCGAAUUUAACAAAAUUGAAAACAAAUUUACAUCAUUACAUUUUAUAUUGGUAAUAAGAGUACUUCAUAUUUACAGAGAACCAUACCACUCAACAUGAUGAAUUAAUUUUUUUUAAAUCUGUGAUAAUACAAUUAAUUACCUCAUUUCUUAUUUUAGAGGAUAUAUGAAGUAUGCAAUUUCUUUAGUGGUUCUCUGUGCAAAUAGAAAAUGUAAUGCAGAAAUGAUGACUGACCUUCAGCACAGUGACAAUAUAUAUAUUGUCCUUUGUGCUUUUACAUUUAUAGUUGGACCCAGGCCGUUAAUUUAUCCAAGCCCGUUGUAUACGAACUCUGUUUCUUCUAUUUGAAACUGUGUCAUGUUUUCCUCUUAUUUUUUUAAUAAAACCAAAAGAUUCAAAGUACCAAGUUACAUAUGAUACAAAAGUGACAUAAUGCAUUAAAAGGGAAUCAAAAUAAAAUUCCUUUUCUCAUGCAUUUUUUGUAGAAUGUAGCAGAAACUUGCCUAAGCCAGUGAACUGUUUAGGAGCUAGAUUCAGUAUUAUUGUCAUGCUUAAUUGGAUCUUUGAAAACUAGAGACUUUAGUAGUGAUUCAGUGUAGUGUGGUUUAUGUGUGUGAACUAAAAGUGUUGUUUGGAUGUCUUCUAUGUGUUGUUUGUGACACAUGUCUAUCGAUAUUUUUCUUUCCCAUGGUCUCAAGAUGCAGCUAGCAAGACAUUUCCAUGAUGCCAGAGAUUGUGGUUGAUAUUCAGGUUAUUUGGAAGAAUUAGUUGUGUGAACUGUACAGAAAUCAUAUUCCAUUUUGUUAAAUAUAUUUAAAACUUGUAUUUAGUUAUUGAUAGACAAAUUUUCUGUCUUCAUUUGAUCUUGGUCAUGAAGAUUUUUUUAUUGUUUUCUUCGUUCUCAGUCUUGGUUAAUUAUGAAUUGUAUGACGCAUUAAAGUCGCUUGUGAAAAAUCUGCCUUAUCAUCAGAAAGGAAAGUAGCAAAUCAUGCACUACAUCUCUUUUGGUUUAAUCCAGAAAUCCGUUUGAUAUAAAUUAGGUCAUUCAUACUUGAUCAGUUGACUGUUUACUGCUAAUUAACUGAUUUAUAAAACAUUUUGGCAUAACCAAUUUUAAUUUGUAUAUAAACAGUGAAAGUCUUAUUUCCUGUUAGGAGGGAACUGAAUUUGCAGGGUCUAGAAGUGUUUUUUUUUUUUUAGUAGUACAUUUUAAAGCAGCUGUUGUAGUAUUUAUUUAAAAGUCGCUUGACACAUUUAGCUUGGUUGUCACUAAUAUGCUUAAAGCAACAUGUUUUUAAGGGCAACCUAAGAACACGCUUCUAAUCACUCACACUGUCCCUCCUUGUCUUCAUCUUGCCACCACUGAUACAAUACAAAGGUCAGGAUAUAUUAAAUUGUUCCAAAGAAUACCCUGCUGUAACUUAAAACCAUAAAAAAAAUUGCCAGCCAAGAUAUUCAGUGCCAUUUCAUAGCCUAACAGCAUAUUUCCUGAAGUUAUAUUUUAAUAUUAUUGUACUGUAUCUGCCUGAAAGCUGUUAUUUAUGUAAUUAUUGAUCUUAAUUGUAAUUUAGUGAUAUAUUGUGUGCAGUGUGAAGCUUGGUUUUAUCAUAAACUAUGAUUUCUAGAUGAGGUUCUCACACCAGUGAGUAAGAAGAUGAUUUAUUGUCUUUUGGGAUGUUGUGCUAUCUCGUGCCAUAGAAAUUGACCAAUGUGUCUGAGAUGCAGUUCCCUGAUUAUUGAGGCAUUAAGAACCUACGAAAUGUCAGUCACUCGAUAUGAGACUACGUGGCAUAACAUUUCACACGACAUUUAUCUUCUGUAUGAUUUCUGUACAGGUCUGCGUGAUGCUACAUACAUACCUUGACAGUACUCUGCUUGAAUGUGAUGAAUUACUAGGCUAAGUGUUGAGAGAGAUUGUGAUGGGCAUAUUAUCGUUAAUUCGUUGUUGUUUCUUGUUGCUAAUGUUAUUGUUGUUACAUUUUAGUAUAUACUCUUAGCAGUAGUAGUAAUGAUAUUUUGUUGAGGAGAAUGUUUAUCUCCACUGCUAUUUAGAAUACCAGAAAGUGUAACUUUCCAAAACAUCCCUCUACUGGGUUUUCCUCACCCAGUGGUAAGAGGGAUGCGUCUGUGUCUUGAACGAUAUCGGCCUAUUUGAGGUGUUCAUUUUCAUAACCUACCAAUUCUUUGUGUGUGAUUUUAGAGCUGGUGAACUAUGCUGUAUAAAUUGGUCAGUUAAAAACGAAGUUAAGUCUUCUCAAAUUUCAGUUCUAGCAACAACUUGAAAGUCUACUUGGCUGAAAUUAAUCAAAAUAUAUUGUUGCCUCCUGAUAGAUAUAUAUAUAUAUAUAGUAACUAUAUUUUAGAUUUGUUCAUCACUCCUGUAGAAUUUGUCAUUGAGAUCUGGUGAUGGACUUUCUUUUAUAUAUAAUUGUAGAAUUGGUAUGUUUUGGAUCAUGAGCUGUUCGUAUUUUCACAACCUUCAUAUGCUCUCAUUAUGACUUGUUAAUAAUGAUAUAUAAAUGGAAGUGUGCAAUCUGAUGACAUUGUGUACUAUUAACUUUUUUUCUCAUGCAGUGCAAUACUCAUAAAAUCAAAAGGCCACUGAAAUUAAAAAUUUGAGGUUAGGUUAUGUUAUUUGAAAGAAUGUCAACUUCAGUUUCAAAGCUCCUGAUUUUGCAAUUGGAACAAAAUGUUACAUAAAUAUUGUGUGUUCAUUGCUCAUAGUUUGUUUAUUUGUAAAUAUAUCUUUACAUGUGUGUGUUUCACAAAUAAUAUUGUUCUUAUAUUAUUGUUUACUCUUUUCAUGCCAAUGAUGGUGUUUCUGUCUGUGUGGUGCUUCAUUGUAGAUGCAAUCAUCUGACUUAAUUUUGCUCAAAAAUAGUCACAGAGUUUAACUCCCACAAAAGAAUAAAUUAACUUUUAAGGAAUUUACAAGAUUUAAAAUUAUCCAUGAAGCUACUUAAUGAUACAAAAAGAGCACAAAUUUAAUUUAAGUAGUAAACAUGAUUGUGUUGGCUUUGAUUCACACUGAAGGAAAUAGAUGUAUUUUUUUUGUUGUAGUAAGAAUUUCUAAUUACUGAAAAGUACAUAAAAGUCAAUAUUGCAGUUUUAUGCAGUGUCUUCUCAUAUUACUCUCUACUGGAGCUGAAGGUUACAGUUCUUUUAUAAGAUAUGAAGUUUUACAGUGAUUGAAUAUAUAAAGUCUUACCAGAUGAUCAGCCAUGUGAGAAUAUCCAACGUUUCUGUGAAUGUCUUUGCUUCCAUUAUCAAGGGUUAAUAUAAUAAGUAACAUGACUGACGGAUGAGCCGGAGUAGCUCAUUCAGUAUGGUGACUGGACUGGACGACCUGGAUUCAAUCCCCAACAGGGGCAGAGGAUUUUUUCCUCUAGACUCUGCAUCCAGACCGUUUCUGGGGCCCGCCCAGACUCCUAUCCAAUGGGUACCGGGGUACUUUCCCGUGGGUAAAGCGCAGCUGGGGCGUGAUGCUGACCACUUACCCCCAUAUAGUGCCGAAGUCAAGAAUGGGUAGGAGCUAUACCUCCUUUCCCCCACAAGUACCUACAUGGUGCUUAGUGGGACAGCUUUACUUUACUUUUAACAUGACUGACGGAGAGCACGCCAAUAGGAAACGGGGCAGACUCAGGUGAUCAGUCAUCGCACCCAGCUACCAAUAUAUUCCAACAAAAUAGGACCAUCAGUGAAGGUUGGAAGAAUUAAGGACAUCUAACAUAGCAGACUGUCCAAGUUAAUUAAGAUGAACUGUGUGAUGACUAUUACAUUCAUCCGUUCUUGGAGAAGGACACUUUGUUCAAAGAGCUAACUUGAUGUGGGUAUGGUGGAUGGUAUUGUCGGACAUCGCAUCAGUCCCUGAUGAUGGAGGCAGAUACAGACUCUGAAACACUGGAUAUUAAUUCCAUUCUUACAUGGCUGAUUGUCCAAGAAAUGUUAACUGCAUUACAGUUUAUUACUUGCAUAUGGAUCAUUGUAAAGCAAACUUUAUCUUGUCACUACUGGUGUUACAGGAUGGAAGAAAACACCCAAGAAGGAAAGGAAGGAAAAAUAUUCCAUACUAGAAGUACCGAGCAACAAAUUGCUCGUUCUCUUAAUACUUACGCAGUGAUUUCUCUCACUACCUCUUUGAUGAUUGGUGUUUUCCUUCCUGUACCAACAGUGAAAAGGUUGUAAUGUGUUAUUUUGGUACAGUAUAUAUUAUUAUCUCGGAAAGUACAUCAUGCGUUAAGUUAGGAACGUCAUGUAAAUUAGCGUAUAAUUUAAUUAUUUACUUAUUUGUACAUUUUUUUUAAUUAAUUAAAUUGCUGGUCAUGAACAAAGGAUUAGAGAGAAUGUGUAUAUGACAGUGAAAUCAUAAUUGUAAUUAUCUCAGUUUCAGAGCAACAGUAGGUAAAUGGUGCAACAUAAACCGUAUACUAUAGUAAUCACUUCAUGAUGUUUUGUUAGUAAAGCAUAACUAUUAUGAUGUAAAUAUUAGUUGUCAUAAAUUUUAAGAAGAAUAUUGUAAUGUAUUUUAUUAUAACAGUUAUUUUUGUGUAUAUCUAAACUUCUUCCAUUAUCACCAUCAUCAUCAUUAUUAAUAUAAUUAUAAAAAAGCAGACGGAACGUUAAGUUUGCGAGCCUUGAUCAAACUAACAAUAUUUUCACUUGGUUGUCUGUAACUGUUAUUGCAACACAUGUAAUAAAUUUACAGAAUCAGAAUUUAUGAAACAAAAGAAAAAUUCCAUACUACAUUUAUACUUUUGUGUGCUGAAUGACACCACAAAUUGUUUUUAUUUAUUUUGACAUUGUGUAGAACAUCCAAAUUGUUUAGCAACAUUUGCUUUUUAAUAUAAUAUAUUUACUCCUUGUUGUAUGAUACAGUUGCACAUGAAAUAUGACCAUCAUCAAGAAGCAUGUUUGGUAGGAAGUACAUACAGCUUUCCUAUGAUAAAGGUUAAUGCAUCAUGGUAGACUGGGAAUAUAAGCAAUAUCCACAUGAAAAUUUAAACCAGUAGUAUAAUGUAAUUUAACAGAACAGCCCUGUUAACAUUAUAUUUUUUCUUUGUAUUAUGAAAAAGUAAUCAGCUUUCCUGUCAGCAUUUUCCGUUUGUCAUCCUUGUUGUCUCUACUCUCUGUCUAUUACAUUAAUUUCUUUUUCAUGAGUCCCAUAAUUAUAACUUAUUGUAGUGCUAAAAAUUCCUUGCAUUCAUGAACAUUUGUGUCUGAAACUACACUUUAUGUAGUUAAUGUUACUAAGAAUUAGAGAUCACUACUAUUAAUAGAAAACUUCUAGAUUAGACAUUUUCCAUCCUGCAAGAUAUUUGUGUAAGUUUAUAGGUUUCUGUCAGAAUACCCACAGGCGUAUAUAACUUUACCACAUUCAUUUAAGUGUACAGAAAAUACUGAUGUUUUGUAAUUUUAAGUCCCGUAUUGAAAAGUUCACUAAACAGGAUAUACUGCUUGGACCAUUAAAAACUAUUAAUAAAAUAUAUAUGAUGAAGAGAUUUCAGGUCCACGCAGCAGUGAUAAUGAAGGCGACUGACUGUCUUUUGGGUUACUGUGCCAUGUAGUCUGCUGACAUUUUGGAAGUGCUUACUGUCUUCGUCAAUGGUGAUCAUCUUCAUGGCUGGAGAAUUAUGUUCCUCCAAAGCACUGGUGUCUACCCAACUGUCUAGAAUGUUGCAUACCAGAAGACAUAAAUUAUUUGUUGACGUGACUUGUGAGGCCACAAAAUAUAACUCAAGUGACCUUACCAGCAGUGAGAUAUGUAAGUUUGUGAGCAGUAACGACUAAAUUUCUAGCUUUUCUUUGGCGAUAAAUGGUAAUGAUGUAAUAUGUGGAAAGUUCUUACACUAUUUCCAAUAUUUGUGCUUAUAGGUAGAUAGAAUCUGUAAAUAUUGGUGUACUGAGAAUUCAGUUUUUAAAUUCUGCAUGUGAAUAUGUGUCACUUUUCAUUUCAGUCUUGUGUUUUCAGACAUAGUUCACACAAACAUCUUUCUAUUAAGUUCUCAGCUUCUGGAAGGAAGUGGGAUGGUGACAUUUAAAAUCGUGACAAGAGGAUGUAAUGAAUGUGAAGCCCGUUUUUUCUAAAUGCAUUUAAUAUCCAUUACUUCAGCAAUUCUGUCUCAUAUUUUACACCCUCUUCGAAGUAUUAUAAGUAUUAGAAAGGAACAGAAGUCAAUAUGGAAACAAAUUUCUUCUUUGCGCACAACAAAUAUAAAUGUGAUAGGAGAUGGCAAUAUACAGAUUAGUGUAUUGACCAUAUAGCACAGUUUGUAAAAACUUUCAACUGUAGUUGAAGUGUGGGCUGUGUGGCUGUAUUAUUAAUUUCAAACAGUUAUUUUAAUUCAAAUUGAAAAUAUAUAUUGUCUGUGGGGGGUACUAACUUUCUAAUAUGGAAAGUGGUAUUGUUGAUGGAAAUUGUCUAAUAAAGAAGUUGUUCGUAGUGCUGCACCUCCAUAGCUCCUUAUUACUGUAGCUUUCUGUGUGUUAACAUUUAGACAUACCUCUGGCAUGCUGUUGCUAAACAUCAGUUCACUUGUGCCUUUUCUAUCCUUCCUUCAUUUCUUAUUUCUCCUACCCCUGAGUGGUAUAACUUGUACCUUGUAGGAUGAUUAUGGCAUUAAAAGCCUUUGGGUAAUUUCUGUCUUUGUUGGAAUCUUGGAAGGCUGUGCUUUAGGGAAAAUAUUUGGUUGUUCAUAGAAGGAUAUCGAACCUUUUUUUUUUCCCCUGCAGAUCAUUUUAAUGAUUGUGGUAGGUCAGGUGGUAACUAACUAUGAUUAUAUCUGCAGAAGUGUAGUUCAUAAUUUUUCCCGUCAUUAUGUUCAAAAUGACUUUGGGAGUCCAUUUAACCUUUUAUGAAAUGAGUAUUUAAGGCUGCUUUCCUGGGUACCAAAGAGGUAUUCAGUGGGACAUUACUUCCAGAUCUCUUCUGUGGUAUUUUCUAAAGCAUAACAGCUUAUCCCUGUAUUAUUUCAGUGUUAUUAACAGUGGAACAAAGAUUACAUUGCAGGAAAAUAACAUGUAAUGAGAUUUUCAAUCAUGUGAAGGACACAACAUUCAAAAUUAGAAUGAAAUAAGAAUCAUGAUUUACAGAACUUGCUAAGUGUCAUUUUAACUGAACUGAACAGCUUCUUGAGGUGGCUUAACACAUGGAAGUCAUACAGUAACAACUCCAGGAUGUCAAACACCUUCCUGCGGAGAAUAUCGUGGAGUAUGUUGGCCACGUGCGAUGUGAUGACACCCAUCAUGAGCAUGUUGGGACACCAAGAAACUGUAGAAUGGGUAAUACACAACAUUUAAAUGUCCUAUCUGCAUUCUCACUGUAGGAUGAAAGACUAUAAAGUACAAAUAGAUGACAGAAGACCAGAUGUGAUAACAUAAGCUGGAAAGAAAUUAAAAUGGAGAGAUUGCGGAAAGGAAGAGAGAACCAGAGAAUUAUUGUCCAUUAACCUGUAUAAAAUUGAAAUGAUGCUGAAGAAGAAGAUAUUCUGAACUUAAAUUGUCAGGUAGUGAGCUGUAGUUUCACUCAUAAAUACCUGAAUAUUGGCUAUAAAACUGACUAUUACCUGUCUUACCUCAAAUGAUUUACAGAAUUGUAUUGCUUCAAACGAUUUGCCUCUCCAGAAAAUUAGUUCAGGCUUUCAGUACAUGUAUGCUGUUGUGACACCUUGUGUUGAAACUGUCUCUCCUGUUGGUGCCAUUAUUGGGACAUUACUUGAAAUUUUCUGUAAUGAAAAUUAAUUAUCAGAGCUUUGUGUAACAAACGGCACUUUUUAUUGAAAAUAUGUUAAUACUGUGGAUGGAAUAGAUAAGGAAUAUUUCUUCUGAUACUUGAUAAUUAUCACUCAUGUACAUACAUUUGAAACAGACUUAUAACAAAGUAAAUGUAUUAAUAAAUAAAAUAUUUACAUUGAUUGUUAAAGUAGUCAAGUUUGUUUGAAUCUGCAGUACAACCAAGAUUCCAACACUUUGUGCCCUUGUUAUGUUUUGGAUGAACUUCUUUACCGUUAUAAUCAUACUGUGUUCACUUCUAGGGAGAAGUCAUUAAUUUACAUUUAAUGAAUUAAUUUUAAGUGCAAAAUACUGUAACUUAUCUUGUGUCAAUCCAGAAGAACAGAUGAAAAAUUUGUUAUUUUUGGAAUAAAACUUGAUGAUUCUGAUGAAGAGUUUGUAAAUGUGAUAAAUGUUAUGUAUAAUGAUCAAUAUAUGUAUAGUUUAGAUUUUUAUAUCAGUGUUAUUGACGAUCAAUAUUCUGUAUAAUACAGUGUUCUCUGUACUCCUUUGGCUGCACGGUGUCUACCCUGGAGGCAGGGGGACUCAUCAUACGCAGCGCAUGUUACUCAUCGUCUUGCUUGUUAAUAGACCAAACUUAAGUAGUCUCGAGGAGUUUGUGACAAUAACUCAAAGGAAGUUGGUUUAGUAGAUUUAGUGAUUAAAAGAAAAAAGGAAAAAAAAUAUAAAUGUUGAUUGGUUUACAUGUACGUUUUUUCCAGUCUUUUAAAUAUGUAAGUUUUGGGAUCUUACAUAUUUUAAAAUUAAGUCCCUUACUUUUGUAUUACCCUUUUUUUUUAUUGCUCUUAGGCAGUGUGUUUGUUUUUAGGAUUGAAUCUGUGUGUCUAAGGAUAAGCAUGGUAAUGCUUUUUUUCUUAGUGGGGGGGAUACAUUCCUGAAAAAUAUGACUUUUAUGUCAGUUAUUACAUUGUGAUCUGAUAUUGUUAUUUCCCGUUAUAUUAUCUGCAUGUUGAUUUUUCCAGUUAUUAUGUUGGGAGUUCACGCAAAUGCCAUUCUCUUGUAUAUGUUAUUGUACCAAUUAGAAGCUAAGCAAUAAAACACGUAGCCUCGA